AUGAAGCCGCUGGCAAUUGCUGCAACGACAACGGCGCCACAAUCGGUGUUUCAAAGGUCGCUACGCCGGCUAGGAACGGGUGCUGGCUCGGGCAGCAGCGAGCGCUCGCACAAGCGUUCCCGACCGAAUGAUGCCGGAGAUGCAAAUGGGGGUGACAGCGCCCCAGGCGGCAUACGUCAGGUUGCCCGGAGCAUGUUGCGAGCUCACAAGCUGGGCGUAGUUGUUCCGUUGCUGUACCAUGCGGACGUGAUUACGGGCGUCGCCAUGGUAGAAGCGGUGGCGGGCCGAAGUCUAUCCGACCUGAUAACAGCAGCGUCAGCGGCGGAGGCGGAGGCGGAGCUCCCGGACUCCGCAGCUGGACGAGCACCUCUCCCGCAGCAGCAGCAGGAUCAGGAGGCAUUGGACCCCGGGAUUGCUCCGGGACCUGGAAGCGUUAGAGCGGAGGCGCCGACGGUGGCGGUGGCGGCGGAGGCGGGGGUUGCGAAGCCACUGCCAGCGGAACUGGAUCGCGCGGCCACGCUUUUGGGCCGUACUCUGGCGGUUUUGCAUGACGGCGGACAGGUGCAUGGCCACCUCAGUGGAGAGGCGGUGUUGAUUCGUGAUACCGACGGCGUCCUGGUUCUGACGGACUUCACUCGCUCCUACAACACCAUUGUGGCUCUGGAUAAGGCCCAGGACCUGGCGGGGCUGGAGAGGGCCCUCCUGCUGGCAGCGGCGGCGGCCGAGGAGGAGGAGGCGGCGGCGGUGGGGACAGCUGCGCCGCGUACACGGGGGCCCCCCCGCUUGGCUGCUCGUGUGUUCACCCGGGUGUUGGAUUCCUAUCGCUCUGCUUCCCGGCUGUGGUCCUCGACCCACAACCAGCUUCCCAACGACCCCAUCGUGUUGUACGAGCAACCGGAUAGGGAGCUACACAGCGCUGUUCCCGCAGUCCCAGAGCAGCCACAGAGCAGAGCCACACGACCUUGCUGUGGCCGCUGCGGGACAACUGGUUGGGGUUGGGGGUCCUGA